AUGUCAUCAAAAACUAAUAAAACGCUCGACUACUCUGACACUGAGUUGAGCGAUAUUUCCUUGGGAACAGGAUCUCCUCACUACAAAAUAACAGAUUUACAUUCCACCAAAAAGAAUAUUUUAACCUUCCCUCCUGACCAGAGAAAGGUGGAUAGAACGGCUAAAAUUAGUGCCAAUUCACCUCCUGGACCUGGAUAUUCAACUCCAAUUCCCAAAGUGAAUGAAAAUGUACCUUCUAACCAGCAAUACGAUCCCACAAUGAUGGAUCUUGUUAAGAAGCCCAAGAUGCCGCCAAAUGAUGCAAGAAAUACCAAUUCGAUGCAAAACAAUCUUGUCCAUGUCCCAGGGAGUAUAAACAACAGUCGUAGUGAUAGCCUGGAGAGCUCCACUACUCCCCUUAGGCCUCACACAGGUGGUGAUGGACGGUGGGAUGCCAUUAAUACGGUCAGUGCCAAAGGCCCAAUUGGUCUAAACAAUUUCCGGCGUUUGAAGCGCCUUGGAUAUGGAGACAUUGGAAGUGUAUAUCUUGUGGAACUCAGAGGAACCAAUGCCUACUUCGCUAUGAAAGUAAUGGACAAGGCAUCCCUGGCUAGUAGAAACAAGGUAUUGCGAGCACAAACGGAACGAGAGAUUCUUGGUCUUCUUGAUCAUCCUUUCUUGCCAACUCUGUAUUCAUAUUUUGAGACAGACAAGUUUUAUUGUCUGGUCAUGGAGUUCUGUAGGGGCGGCAAUCUUCAUUCUCUCCGCCAAAAGCAACCCAACAAGCAUUUUACAGAGGAAGCUGGACGGUUCUUUGCAUCAGAAGUAUUGCUGGCACUAGAGUAUCUGCACAUGCUAGGUAUAGUAUACAGGGACUUAAAGCCAGAAAAUGUUCUGGUAAGAGAUGAAGGCCAUAUCAUGCUUUCAGAUUUUGACUUAUCGCUCCGUUGCUCUGUCAGUCCAACACUGGUGAAAUCUUCAUCUACACAUCAAACGAGCAAUAGUGGUGGCACUGGUGGCAUUUUGGAUAAUGAGUUUGCAGCUGUACAUGGUUGUAUGCAGCCAUCAACAUUUUUCCCCCGCAUUUUGCCUGGUAAAAAAAAUCGUAAAUCUAAAUCAGAUUUUGGCCUCUUUCUCGGAGGCACCAUGCCAGAGUUAAUGGCAGAACCUACCGAUGUUCGUUCAAUGUCCUUCGUCGGGACGCAUGAAUAUUUAGCCCCGGAAAUCAUUCGAGGAGAAGGUCAUGGCAGUGCAGUGGACUGGUGGACAUUCGGCAUCUUCUUGUAUGAACUCUUGCUUGGCACAACUCCAUUCAAGGGACAAGGAAAUCGAGCCACACUUAUCAAUGUUGUAGAGCAGCCGCUGAGAUUCCCAGAAACUCCACAAGUGAGUUUCGUGGCUCGUGAUCUCAUACGAGGGCUCCUGGUAAAAGAACCAAGCAAACGACUAGCAAGCAAAAGAGGAGCAACGGAAAUAAAACAGCAUCCAUUUUUUGAGGGAGUCAAUUGGGCUUUGGUCAGAAGCGCCAUGCCUCCCCACGUACCUGAACCUCUAGACUUCUCACAUUUCGCUAGCAACGAUGACAAGAAGAACAACCCUGCUCCUCAUCUUGGAGUUGGGGGUGAUAAAAACAGUGCUACCACUUCUGCUAAUUACAUAGAAUUUGAGUACUUUUAG